AUGAGGCGUGCAAAUCCGCUCUACACCGGAUUCAUGUCCUUGGCGAAGCUCAUGGUCCUCUUAGCAGAUAUAAUGUGCCGGUCGCCGACGAAAGAACUAAGUUCCUGGGCCUCACUGAAUCUCAAAUACAACUUCCAGGUUUCCCACGCCGUCAAUAUGGAGACGCAGACUAGAACAUCCGGCCUGCGACAGAGCUGUAUCUUUUGUCGGGGCCGAAAGAUUCGAUGUUCUGGUGGACGUAUCUGCAACGCUUGCCGAGACCGUAAUAUCAACUGCGUCUACGGCCCCGAAGCCCGCAAGGGCCGACCAAAGCGCAAAAGAACGGAGGACAAGUGCACGCUUAACCCGGGUAUCAGCAAGCGCGACAGGAAGCAGUCCAUUUUAUUGACUAAUACCACAAUAGCCAGUGCUUUGAGUGACGAAUCACCGUUGUCCGCGUCAGUGGCCCUCAAGAAGGUUCGCACACUGGGCAACGAACUAGAACAGAUGUUUGAUGAUUAUUUUAUCAGCAAGACUGGAUCGGAAUCCAAUCUUCUUCAGUUGUCUAUAACCUCUUUCCAGCGCCACCGGCGGCCGUACACUUCGACGCCAUCCAGCCAUCCUACACAGCAUCAGGUCAACUAUGAUGGGCUACUAUCCUCCAUUGCCCAAGAGAUGCUGGAACUGCUACUGCUGCGCGUUGGCUCUUUGAGAUGUGGACAGCCAGAGAAUGGGAACCGAAACUUCUUUAUUGCUAGUCUAGUGGCUGACACUACAUCAUCCAUGUUCGAUCCUCCACAGCAUCAAAAUCCUCUAACAGCUCUGGGAAAGCAUCGCAUCUUGCAGUUGGUUGACAUGUGGUUUUCGGCGCAUCCUCUAUCGCCACUCGUAUCAAAAACCUUGCUUACUAGUGACGUUAAGGAUGGAACAGUGGAUGAAGCCCUAUUGGCAAUAAUCCUGGCCGAUGCUUACCAUGUUUUAGGUGGUACUAGCGAGCAGUAUGGGGCUAUAAGCGAUGAAUCCCAGAAGUUGUUCGAGUUUGCCACCACUCAAAUCAAACAACGCCAGCUACCACUUGGCGACUCAGAAGCACUUUCCACAGCACAAACUCUGUUUCUCAUAGCAUGGAGGGAGCUGUGCUUGGGCCAUGCCCGCCGAGCAACCUGCAUUGUGGGUUAUACUUGCUAUAUGGCCUCACGUUUAGCCAAAACAGGGAAGAAUACCGACAUGAAGAGAGUGAAAUUGAAUGGUGUUGAGAUUGACCUGGUCAAGAAAGAGGUCCUGCAAAAUAUUCACUGGUUAUGUUUGACCACCACCACCUGGGCCUUUAUGCAGUUUGACCAGGCGCUUGCGCUCUUCGGCCCCGAUGAGAUCCCUGAAUUUCCCUGUUUAGAUGAGACCACCUCAGCCCUGAUCCGCUUGGACCAGGCAUCAGACAACAUCUCUACGCUUUCGGCACAGAUACAAGCCUUACGACGUCUAUGGCCUCUCAGCCAUAUUGCCAGCACUGUAUCUCACAUCUACAUUCUGUAUUUCGAUAUGCCUGCCAAGAAAGUCCCAAACGCCUCAUGGCAGGAACAGCAUAUCCAUCAAUUAUACGAUCUCCUUCAGUCUUGUGCUGAUUUCCCCACGUUGUCGGUGAAGAUUAGAGAUGUCCUCCUUCAGGCGGUACAAGCUGUGGAGAGACGAAUCACGAUGUUGUCUUCGCAGCUUUACCUGUUGACUGCCUAUCAUAUUAUAAUCACGCACAUGUUAUUCUCCCAGAACAAAACGGACCAAGAGUCGUUGAGCCUGUCGUCUACAGCCAUAAAUGCAUUCUGCCAGUCUGCGUCAGCGCUUCUAGCCCUCUCGUACCGCUCCCUAGAUCCGUCAAAGGGUCUAAUGCCAGUACAGCGAGACGACGGGGUGGAAUUUAUCAAUAUGCUUGUCCUGGGGCUAGAUACAUGUAGCAGAGCCCUUGUUCAUAUCUACGACCAUCUCAGCCGCGGUUCGAUUGGCAACCAAAAAGAAAAAGCAGCAUUCAAAAAACAGUUGGCGGAUUAUGCUGAUAAGUUCCAUCAAAUCUGUAAAAGUGAUGCGGUGUCACGAUGUGGAUCCGUGAUGCGGCCUGUUAAGAAACGGCUCAAAUGGGCGAAAUUGGCAUUUCAACACCUUCAAAUCCUACCUGAGCCCGAACAAGUGCUUUCAUCUGCCCAGCACAGGACCCCUGACUCAUCGAUAGCUCUGAAUCUUGACUUACCCCAUAUUGAGGGCUUGCUGUUAGAUCCCGCCUUUGCCACUGCUCGACUUGGGGACUUGUCAUCGUCAGACAUAGUUCCCGAUGCGCUCUUGGUGGACCGGCAGCCGGUCUCGGGAAUUACGGACCCAUUCUUUGUGGAUGAUCCCAUCAUCGGCACGCUUCUUGGGCUUUCGGGAGUUACUGAUACCCGUGAGCAGUUGUAUCAGGACUAUACCAGGUUGCAGCAGAGCAAGCAGAGCAUGGGGUCAGAGCAAGAUCUUCUCCACAUUCAGAAUCCAAUGCGCUUGCUUCCAGGCGAUGGGGAAAGUCUAGAUUUGGUGUAUCGUGGUCCCAGGGGUUCGCCUUUGAGUCUCGCCAAUACCACUGACCGGCCGAGCGAGCUCAACUCGCCAUAUGAAAUGACAGAACCUAUACGUAGUGACAUGGACAAUUUCACGCUGUCAGAGCAGCCUUUGGACAAUGAUUUGCUGUUACAGUUGCUCAGCAACUCCGAUGAUAACAUGGGAACCUUGUACGGCAAUUGA